GGGGUGGUACGACUGUUAAGUUUAAUUCAAUUAUAUUUCGUAAAUAUUUGGUAUUCUAUCAAUAAUAUUAUAACGAAGCGCCACAAAUAUAACGGCAAAAAUUGUCUAACAUUUGAUUAUAGUCAAUUACUUAUUAUAGUCAAUUAAUUAUUUUGGAAAUCACUAAACAUGCAUUGGCAGCCCUGUCACCAGCAACCAUUUUAAAAAAUUUACUUCUUUCGCCAAAACUUUUUAUUAACUUUAUAAAUAGUAUAAUACUUAUCAAUUAUCAACAUAAUAUAAAAUGUAAACAAAAAUAAAAAGGCAUUUGCAUAAAUCACAGUGUAACUAUAAAGACUUAAAUUCUCGUGAGCUGAAUUGGUGCUGACGAUUUCACAAGAAGGAAAAAGGGGCCUUCCUGCGAUGGUAGAAAUGUGGACGGAACAAUUUGGAGGACUCCUGCAGGCUUUAACAUAUCAAGAAAUGGCCGCACAGCUUCCUCACUGCUUAACCAAAACCUUGUUUAUUUUCCUCAUCGCUACUCUGGUGGUGGCAAAUGCACGUCCGAACCACUUUGGGGAUGCUUCUCAGGUGGUUGCCGAGCAGGACGGCAACAACUUGUUGGAUUCGGGCCUGAAACCGUGGCAGUUGGAGAUGUUGUUGGCGCAGCGACUGUCUGAAAUCUCUAGUCAAACAGGUGGCGAUUUGGGUUGGGAUAAAACCUUACGCUCGCCGGAAGCCAAACGUCAAAGUCGCUACCGCCAAUGCUACUUCAACCCAAUCAGCUGCUUCCGGAAAUGAACAACUUGACAUCACUUUCCACCUUUUUGCGUUUUUGGAAAAUCUCGCUGUAUUAUGUAAAAUAAAAAUGAUGGUAUAAAAAGUGUUUUAAAUGUUAAAUUGCAUAUUUUUGAUCUCGAUUAACUUACAUGACGUAGCUGGUAGAUUGAAUAAAGACGUUUA